CGGAAAUCGAAAAACCCACGGUUGUCAACUCAUCCAAAAGUCACUUCUUUGCACACAUCCCACCAACAGCGCUCUCUCUCGACCCAUUGUAAAUCUUUCCCCUCCUCUCUCUCUCCUACCCCCCGACUCUGCGCCGACAAACAUGUCUACCGCGGUGAUCAACGCCGACGAGGAGCAGCUAGAGCCCACGCUCCAAUCCAUCCUCGACCAGAAGACCCUCCGCUGGAUCUUCGUCGGUGGGAAGGGAGGAGUCGGGAAGACCACCACCUCCUGCUCGCUGGCCAUCCAACUGGCCAAGGUGCGCCGCUCCGUGCUCCUCAUCUCCACCGAUCCCGCGCACAACCUCUCGGACGCUUUUUCACAGAAAUUUGGAAAGGAGGCCCGGCUUAUCAAUGGCUUCACCAACCUGAGCGCCAUGGAGAUCGAUCCCAACGGCAGCAUCCAAGAGCUUCUGGGCCAGGCCGAUGAGGGGGAGGCUCCCACUUCUGGUAUGGGUGGCAUGAUGCAGGAUCUAGCAUUCGCUAUUCCCGGUAUCGACGAGGCCAUGUCCUUUGCCGAGGUGCUCAAACAAGUCAAAUCCAUGUCCUACGAAACCAUCAUCUUCGACACAGCGCCGACCGGACACACGCUCCGCUUCCUGCAGUUCCCCUCGGUCCUCGAGAAGGCCCUUGCUAAAGUCUCGCAGCUCUCGUCACAGUUCGGCCCCAUGCUGAACGGCCUCCUUGGCACCAACGGCUCCCUCCCCAAUGGUGCGAACUUGCCUGAGAUGAUGGAGAAGCUGGAAGGGCUCCGCGAGACCAUCUCCGAGGUUAACACACAGUUCAAGGACGAGAACCUCACCACGUUCGUCUGUGUCUGCAUACCCGAGUUCCUGUCGCUCUACGAGACGGAACGCAUGAUUCAGGAGCUUGCUAGCUAUGGCAUCGACACGCAUUGUAUUGUGGUUAAUCAACUGCUGUUUCCGAAGAAGGGGAGCGAUUGCGAACAGUGCAAUGCCAGGAGGAAGAUGCAAAAGAAAUACUUGGAGCAGAUCGAGGAACUGUAUGACGAGUUUAAUGUUGUCAAGAUGCCGCUACUGGUGGAGGAAGUUAGGGGCAAGGAGAGGUUGGAGAAGUUCACAACGGGACGUGACCGAGUUAUCCCAGAGAAGAAGAAGAAGAAGAAGAAGAAGAAGCAGCAGCAGCAGAAAACCGUACAAGAAGUCUAA